AUGUAUAAUUGUAUGACAGACUUGAUUAAAUUUACAAAGAAAAGUGACUCACAGCGUCUAUGUGAAAAAUACAUGGAGAUAAGAAAUUACUUGAGUUGUGAACAAGCUUUCUUUUUAGUUCUUUUGAACAAGAAGUAUGACUUUGUAAUUUGUAAGCCGACUAAGAGGUCCUUAGUUACUGGUCAACUCGUCAAAUUAAAAAUGUUACACAGUGAAAACGAGACUUUAGAUGUUAUAAAUUUUAUUGAAGAGAGAUGUAAAGAGAGUAUGAACCAAGAUAUACAACGAGGCAUAAGUGAAACAACUGCUUGUCGACGAUACACAAACAAUAAAAUAGCUGAAAACCAUCAUCUUCUUAUCGAUCUUCUUCGACUUAAUGGCUAUGUUUUUAAUACGUCUUUCUCGUCAGGAAAACACAACUCUACAAAACUGGAGACUGUUGUCAACAUCUUCUUUGAUAAAAUCGUUUAUUCACAAAAAGAAAUCAAAACAGUUGGUAAAGCCAUCAAUCAGUAUUUUUUCAACGAAAUAAAGGGGAAAAGGGAAGUCUCAUUUCAAGCCAACACCCCCACCCUUCAAAAAUUUAUUCUUAACUGA